UUAUGGCAUUUAUAGUUGGCCGUAUCGCCGUGUGCGCCGACAUUGCAGAGAUGUUCCAUCAAAUUACCAUACAAGAAAGCGAUAUGCAAGUUCAAAGGUUCUUAUGGUUCCAUAACGACAAAAAAACCCCAAGGACCUUCGUCAUGCGUUCGAUGACAUUCGGAAUUUGCUGCGCACCUUGUAUCGCCCAUUAUGUACGCGACAAAAACGCAGAGGCAUUCAAAGACACAAAUCCUCGAGCAUACGAGUCCAUAACCAAGGCACACUAUAUGGACGAUCUCAUCGACACCUACAAUAAUGAAUCCGAGGCGGUAUCAUUGGCAUCAGCAGUCAAGGAUAUUCAUGCGAAUGCAGGAUUCACAAUAAGAAACUGGAUCUCAAACUCCGCCGCGGUUAUGCAUCAUUUUGGAGAGCGCCAAUUAAACACCCACAAUCCAAAGGAACUUGGUGGACCUGAAAAGGUUCUCGGUUCGCAAGACUUCAAAGAGAUGUCCUGAACGGAGACGCUACACCAACCAAGCGAGAAAUCCUGCAGGUACUCAUGUCCGUCUUUGAUCCACUGGGCUUAAUCUCUUGCUACACAAUCGGCCUAAAGAUGCUACU